GUGGCGGGGCGGCCGCUGCCGGCUGCCGUAGCCCCUGCGCGGGGAGCCCGUGCCCGCCGGCAGGCAGAGAAAGGCGGCGCGACUCGGGUUACAAGAUGGCGGCGGCGCCGCGGUAGCUGCUGAGGCGGCGGAGCGGAGGCAGCGAGGGCCCGAGCCGGGGCGCCGCGUCGCCCUCUCGCCGUCCGGGAGCCAUGGAAAGCGGCGCGGUAACGGCCCCGCGCUGCCCCUGAGCGGCCCCGCUGCUCCCCCGCUCCGCCCGCGCUCCAUCGCCGGCCCGGAGGCGGAGCGGGCCCGGGCCUAGGCCCGGCGCGGAGGCCCAAGGCCGGGGCUGCACCAUGUCGGACACCCGCCGGCGGGUGAAGGUCUACACCCUCAACGAGGAUCGGCAAUGGGACGACAGGGGCACCGGGCACGUCUCCUCCACCUACGUGGAGCGGCUCAAGGGGAUGUCGCUGCUGGUGCGCGCCGAGGCGGACGGUUCUCUAUUGUUAGAAUCGAAGAUAAAUCCAAACACUGCAUAUCAAAAACAGCAGGACACCCUGAUUGUUUGGUCAGAAGCGGAAAACUAUGAUUUAGCACUGAGUUUUCAAGAAAAAGCCGGCUGUGAUGAAAUUUGGGAAAAAAUCUGCCAGGUUCAAGGUAAGGAUCCCUCGGUGGAAGUCACGCAGGACCUCAUUGAGUCAGAAGAGGAACAUGUAGAAGAAAUGCCCGAAACGAGUCCUUUGAUCGACCUCCCCACUUGUGAACUCAACAAACUUGAAGAGAUUGCCGACCUAGUUACCUCCGUUCUCUCCUCGCCCAUCCGCAGAGAAAAGCUCGCGCUGGCCUUGGAGAAUGAAGGCUACAUUAAAAAACUCCUGCAGCUUUUCCAAGUCUGUGAGAAUUUAGAGAACACCGAAGGCUUACAUCAUUUGUAUGAAAUUAUUAGAGGGAUUUUGUUCCUCAACAAAGCGACUCUGUUUGAGGUGAUGUUUUCUGAUGAGUGUAUUAUGGAUGUUGUUGGAUGCCUUGAGUACGAUCCUUCUUUGGCUCAGCCAAAACGGCACAGGGAGUUCUUGACCAAAACAGCAAAAUUUAAGGAGGUUAUUCCUAUAACAGACUCUGAACUCAGGCAAAAAAUCCACCAGACUUACAGGGUACAGUAUAUUCAGGACAUCAUCUUGCCGACACCAUCUGUUUUUGAAGAGAACUUUCUUUCUACCCUCACUUCCUUUAUUUUCUUCAACAAAGUUGAGAUUGUCAGUAUGUUGCAGGAAGACGAGAAAUUUUUGUCUGAAGUUUUUGCACAGUUAACAGAUGAAGCUACAGAUGAUGACAAACGAUGUGAACUGGUGAACUUUUUCAAGGAAUUCUGCGCGUUUUCUCAGACGUUACAGCCUCAGAACAGAGAUGCGUUUUUCAAAACUUUGGCAAAGUUGGGAAUUCUUCCAGCCCUUGAAAUUGUAAUGGGAAUGGAUGAUCUGCAAGUUAGAUCCGCUGCUACAGAUAUAUUUUCUUAUCUAGUAGAAUUUAGUCCAUCCAUGGUCCGAGAAUUUGUAAUGCAAGAGGCCCAGCAGAGUGAUGAUGAUAUCCUCCUCAUCAACGUGGUCAUCGAGCAGAUGAUCUGCGACACCGACCCGGAGCUGGGGGGGGCUGUGCAGCUCAUGGGGCUCCUGCGAACCCUCAUCGACCCCGAGAACAUGUUGGCCACAGCUAAUAAAACGGAAAAAAGUGAAUUUCUCAAUUUCUUCUACAACCAUUGUAUGCACGUUCUUACUGCACCGCUUCUGGCUAAUACAGCGGAAGAUAAAUGUGAAAAAGAUGCAGUAGUUGGGUCCACUAAGAGUAAUACGAUUUGUCCUGAUAAUUAUCAAACGGCACAACUACUAGCCUUAAUUUUGGAGCUGCUCACUUUUUGCGUGGAACACCACACGUAUCACAUCAAGAAUUACAUUAUGAACAAAGAUUUGCUGAGAAGAGUCCUGGUCUUGAUGAAUUCCAAACACACUUUUCUGGCCUUGUGUGCUCUUCGCUUUAUGAGGAGGAUAAUUGGCCUAAAAGAUGAGUUUUAUAACCGUUACAUCACCAAGGGAAACCUGUUUGAGCCCGUUAUAAAUGCCCUGUUGGAUAACGGCACGAGGUACAACCUGCUCAACUCUGCGGUGAUCGAGCUCUUUGAGUUCAUCCGGGUGGAAGAUAUUAAGUCCCUUAUUGCACAUAUAGUUGAAAACUUUUAUAAUGCACUUGAAUCUAUCGAAUAUGUUCAGACAUUCAAGGGACUGAAGACAAAAUAUGAGCAAGAAAAAGACCGACAAACCCAGAAACUGAGCAGCGUUCCAUCCAUCCUGCGCAGCAAUCGAUUCCGCAGGGACGCGAGAGCCUUGGAGGAGGAUGAGGAAAUGUGGUUCAACGAAGACGAAGAGGAGGAAGGGGAAGCUGUUGUACCUCCGGUUGAGAAGUCCAAACAGGAGGAUGAUUUUCCAGAUAGCUAUGAAAAAUUUAUGGAAACUAAAAAAGCUAAGGAGAGUGAAGACAAAGAGAACCUUCCAAAAAGGACUUCAGCUGGGGGAUUCAAAUUCACUUUUUCCCACUCAGCCGGCGCAGCCAACGGCGCAAACGGUGCGAACGGUAAAUCCGUGGCCGCUCAGACGUCGCCCGCAGGCUCCAACGGCUCCUCGUCCAAGGCAGUGACGCUGAGCAGUGCGGUGACGGCCACCAAGGGAAGUCUCGUUGGCCUAGUGGAUUAUCCUGACGAUGAAGAUGAUGAUGAAGAGGAGGAGACGUCUCCACGGAAAAGACCUCGUCUGGGUUCCUAAAUGAAACCAAAACUUUGGAAUAAAAACUUUUAUUAUGGGGUUUCAAAUGCUGCAACUGUUUUAAGAGCUAAAAAGAACCUGAUGCAGAAAGCUUUCUCCCAUGAGUAUGUAAGAUAAUACAAGGAGUAGCAAAAGAAACUCAGUGUAUGAGCUAGAAAGGGUUAGUUCUGUAAACACGAAGCUUCAAGGAACUGAAGAUCUUUCUAGUAAAUAAGAGGCUGCCCUUCGGGCUGCCAAAAAAAACACAAAAAAAAGAGGGUUAGUAUUCAGAGGACCUGGAUGAUGCUUCUCAGCACGGAAAGUCUCAGGUGGCGGGAGGGCGGGAGGGCACGGAACGCUAAACGCUUCAAAACUAUUGCAGGGUUUCCCCGGUGUUAACAGGACUAGGAAAAAAGCUUAAAUUUUGAACCCAGUAAUCUUAAUUUUGUAAUGGUGCUGUCAGUUGUGUUCUUUUAGCGAUGCCUCUUUUUAAAACAAUUUUAAGGGAAAACUAACUCUGUUUGCAUAAGAACAAUCCAGAUUUUGGGACCAUUAUUACCAAUAAAACGGCUUUUCUCAUUGCUGGAGGGAGGGACGCUGCAGUUAACGGUGCAUGUCGAGUUGUUUUAAAACCAUUAAAAAUCAGUUUCGAUUAGUUAUUUUUCAAGAGGAGAAAAUGGAAGCUGGAUUCAAAAUGGAUGGUUUUGCUUAUUUUUUAAUGAGACAGGCGGUAGCGUCCAUGCCGAGGAACGCUCGCUUCCGCACGCUCUCCCGCAGCCGCCUGUGUGAGCGGAGCUGGGCCCGGCCCCCCUGCACCCGCGGGGGGAAAGGCGAAUUUCGGUGCUUUUCUGGGUGCUGGGCGCGCUGGGUCUGCUCGGAGCAGGAAAGCGCUUUCCUGCCUGCGCUUCCCUCGCGUAACUGAGGUGGCGACAGGAAACACUAAUGCGUCGUUCAGGGCCAUGAAUUUAGCGGCGUUUUAACACCAAAGUCACUUUGGACCAAGAUGGAAUGAUCUCUAACAGAACGCGCUCUUUGGGGCGGAAGCAACAAGCAGCAUGAAAGCCGCUUUCUUUUUAAAAAUAAAAGCACAUUCCACGUAGUAGGUGAGCAAACUGCGGCAGAAAUAGGUGAGUGAAACGAGGCAAACAGUCCAGGUUUUGGUUUCAAGAGCAGCGAGUGAACCGUACGUAUUUUGAUGUGAGCUUGCCCCUAUGAUCUGAGAUCAUGAUGAAGCGCGAGGAGAUUUCCCGACGACAAAUUGAACGCGUCAGACACGUUAAAAUCCGGAACCAGCUGCGAUCCACCACAUCGGUCACUCGUAAUAUGUGUUAUGGGUCCAUUUCUCCUGGAAUAGUUUAAACUGAAGCAGUUUCUCUGUUUUGGAGACUUUUGUAGUUAAUUUUAAUUUUAGCUAUUGUUUGGAAAAAGAUGGGCUGUCUGUGUAGAUAUGAAGUAUAGUUUUUUCCAUAAAAUAGAAGUUUAUUUUGUAUUAAAAAUACCACUGUACUUGUUUUACACCAUUUGUAUACAUGUGGUGAUAUUAAUGCUGAACUGUAAAAUUCAGGAAUUAAAAUGUGACCCUGUAAUUCCAUAA